AUGGAUAGCCGUUCUUCAAGCUCUCCGUCCUCGUUUUCGAUGCUUGGUGCGGAGAAGUUGAAGUUAUACCAUUUCCCAAACGAGCACCCAACAGAAGAUGUAGGGAAAACAAUGCUACUGCUGCGUCGUCGCAGCAAAAAUGUUGAUCAUUUGUUUCUUCGCCAAUUUUUGGACGCUGCCACAGUAACUCUACGGGACGAACUGCGUCAAUUGCCAGAUCACUUGAAGGCAUGUCUGCCUCCGUUUGAACAUAUUCUUGACUUGGCAAAUUUGCCACAGCUACGAAAAUCGUCCAUGGGAGCAUUGUUGGACUCUUUAAUGGUACUUGUGGCACAACUUGGCCUGGUCAUUGGCUAUUAUGACAAGAAUCCCUCUGAGUUCUCCUUCACAAAGGGGCAAUCAUGCUUUACAGGAGUAGGACCUGGUCUCAUGGUGGGCGCAGCAGUCGCCUCAUCGCGAACCUUGUCAGACCUACCUGUAACAGGCGCCGAAGUCAUUCGCAUUGCUACACGUCUUGAAAUACUCACACGUGAAGUAGCGGAUGACCUCGAGGCUGUAGAACCCGGAGAGGAGCUAGCUAGCUGGGCAACUUUAAUCAACGGAAUGAGUGCGGAGACGGUGCAGAAGGAGCUCGAUAUUUUUAACUCGGAGAUGCAAAUUCCUCCACUUGCACGUAUUUUCAUAAGUCUCAAGUCAAAAGAAGUCACUCUUGUGAGCGGUCCACCAUCACAUCUACGCAAUCUUUUCCGCUUCUCCGAGAAACUUCGAUACUCUCGGUUCCUGUCAAUGCCAAUAUAUGGGGGUCCUUGUCACGCUCCGCAUAUUUACAAUGACAGCCAUGUCCAAAGGGUUAUUGGAGGCAUGCUAGCUUCUGUAUUAGAACGUAGCAUUGGCCGUGUUCCGUUCAUUUCAAUGGGCACUGGGAAGCCGUAUCCUGCAGAAACUGCCCGCGAGCUGUUCGAGUGCGUCCUCACUGAAAUAUUGACGGGAACGGUUCUAUGGUCGAAUGUUGUCCAGUAUGUGGUGGAGAGAGUCGGCUCUGCUUCAACACCUGAGCUGCAGCUACACACACUUCACUCCUAUCACGCGACGCAGGAGGUUAUGUCAGCCAUAGAGGCAGAAUACCCGACAUGCACUGUGAAUAUUACCGACCUUCAGGGCUGGUCGAUGGCAGAAGAAGAUCAUUCCAAGCCUAUUGGAACGGCUGACUGCAAAAUUGCCAUUAUUGGAAUGUCAUGCCGUUUCCCCGGGGGUGCCGAUGACACUAAUCUAUACUGGGAGCUUCUUGCUGAGGGACGAGAUGUACACCAAAAGAUCCCUGCAGACAGGUACGAUGUUGAAAGCCAUACAGAUCCAACUGGAGAAAAACGGAACACUAGCUUGACCCCAUUUGGUUGCUUUAUCAACGAACCAGGUCUUUUUGAUGCGGGUUUUUUCAACAUGUCACCACGAGAGGCUGCUGGAUGCGACCCUAUGCAUCGGCUUGCUUUAGCCACAGCAUAUGAAGCCCUUGAACAAUCCGGAUAUUCGUACAACCGCACCCCAUCAACGAACCAGCGGCGUGUUGCUACAUUCUACGGCCAAGCCAGUGAUGAUUACCGUGAAGUCAACGCUGGACAAGAAGUCGACACAUAUUUCAUUCCAGGAGGGUGUCGGGCAUUUGCGCCGGGGCGAAUUAACUACUUUUUCAAAUUCUCCGGGCCAAGUUUUGACUGCGAUACAGCCUGUUCAUCCAGCGCAGCGACGAUACAAAUUGCCUGCACAUCACUAGAAAAUGGGGACAGUGACAUGAUUGUUGCUGGUGGUCUUAACGUUUUGACUAAUUCUGACGGUUUCGCCGGUCUAAGCCGUGGUCAUUUCCUGUCCAAGACCGGAGGCUGUAAGACUUGGGACGUCAACGCAGAUGGAUAUUGUCGUGCAGAUGGAGUCGGUUCGAUAAUAAUGAAACGGCUCCCUGACGCAGAAGCAGAUAAUGACAAUAUCCUCGGUAUUAUCUGCUCAGCAGCCACCAAUCAUUCUGCAGAGGCAAUUUCAAUUACCCACCCGCAUGCACCGACACAGUCAGAUUUGUACCGACUUGUCUUGGGACGUGCGGGCCUUGAUGCUCGCGACAUUGACUUUGUCGAGCUUCACGGUACAGGAACCCAGGCAGGCGACUCAACUGAAAUUGAGUCUGUGACCAAUGUGUUUGCUCCAAGCAAUCCACGGAGGAAGACGCCGUUGACCAUUGGUGCAGUUAAGGGAAAUGUAGGCCAUGGAGAAGCAGCAGCCGGCGUCAUGGCCUUGAUAAAGACAUUACUGGUAUUCAAACACAGUAGUAUCCCGCCACAUGUUGGCGUCAAAACCGGACUGAACCCUGCAUUUCCAGAUCUAGAGAAGCUCAAUGUCCAAAUCCCUUGGGAAACAGUCUCCUGGGAAAGAUCCCCGAGCAGAAAAAGAUAUGCAGUGGUGAAUAAUUUCAGUGCCGCUGGAGGCAACACGACCCUUGUUCUUGAAGAGCCUUCGAUCCGUGAUCGUCCAGAACCAGAUCCUCGAGCAGGGGCUGUUGUUGCCAUUACUGCUAAGAGCAAGAAGUCUUUCAAGAGCAAUAUUGAGCAUCUUAUUGACUAUCUGUCCGCUAACCUCGAUUCGCCCUUGGCUGAUCUGUCUUAUACAACCACAGCUCGACGUAUGCACCAUAAUCACCGUAUCUCGGUUAGCGGCAGAACAAUCUCAGACAUCAAAAGUGCUUUGCGAACAUAUCUGCCAUCGGCGGAAACUCAAAGACCAAUUCCCAAUGUUCCACCUGCCAUAACCUACGUGUUCUCGGGCCAGGGAACUCUCCAUUCAGGUAUCGCCAAGCAGCUGUUCGAGGAACAUCCUGGAUUCAAUUCUCAAAUCCUACAGCUCGAUUCCGUGAGUCAACGGCAUGGAUUCCCAUCAUUUUUACCUGUCAUAUUGGACACCGAAAACCAAAAAUUCCCUCCCAUUGUUAAUCACUUGACCCUGGUGGGUGUGGGUAUUGCAUUGGUCCGCCUCCUUGCCACUCUCGGAAUAAAGCCAAGCGCCGUGAUUGGAGCCAGUCUAGGAGAAUAUGCCGCUCUGUAUGCUGCCGGCGUUCUAUCUGCAAGUGACGCACUUCUUCUCACCGGCCGGAGGGCAGCUCUUCUCCAACAAAAAUGCGCCAUGGAUACACACGCAAUGUGUGCCGUACGAGGCACUGCCGACCAAGUGGCACAGCACGCUAACGGCGGUGUGUAUGAUAUUGCCGCCUUCAACGGCCGGAAGGAGGUAUGCAUCAGCAGUACUGUUGAAGAAAUUGUGCGUAUUAGAGGCAGUCUAGAAGCAGCUGGUCUUCAAUGUCACCAGCUGAACGUUCCCUAUGCGUUUCACUCUCCUCAAAUGGAUCCUAUACUUGAUGAGUUUGAGAAAACUGCCGAGGCUGCCGUCUAUAAAGCCCCAACAGUCCCUAUUAUCUCUUCACCACUUGGAGAAUGUAUCUUCGAUGGCAAGACUGUCAAUGCAAACUAUAUGCGACGAGCAACCAGAGAGACAGUCCAGUUUAUUCCGGCCGUGGACAAGGCCUGGGAAGACGGUAUUGUGGAUCCCAAGACAAUAUGGCUCGAAAUUGGACCACAACCAACGUUUGUGCAAUUCAUCAAAAACGCCAUCCCGGAAAUUUCUACCACGGCCCCAACUCUUCGGCGCGGAAUUGAUAACUUCGUUAGCAUGUCGGAGAUGCUGUCUACGUUAUACAAUGCGGGUAUCGAUAUCAACUGGCACGAAUGGCAUACACCGUUUGAGAAGAACGUCAGGCUGUUAAGCGACCUCCCAGCGUACAGCUGGAACAAUAAGAGUUACUGGAUUCAGUAUGAGGGUGAUUGGAUGCUUAGUAAGAACCAGGUUUCCUCACAGAGUGUCGUUCCCGCAGCAGUUCCAUCGACUUUGCGUACUUCGCUUGUUCAUCAAGUUCUUGAAGAUGAAAUCGCGGAUGACGCGGGAUACCUUGUCAUUCGAUCGGACUUGAUGCAACCAGAAUUCUUGGAGGCCGCCAAUGGACAUCGUAUGAAUGGUCACGGAGUUGUCACAUCGUCUAUCCACGCCGAUGUUGGCUUUACACUAGGUAAUUACCUUUGGUCACGUAUUCGACCGGGCAAGAAAUGCCCUGGAAUGAAUAUGAAGAAUCUGCACGUUCUCCAAGGUCUUAUUGUGCGCAAGAACAAAGCAAUUCCGCAGCAAAUCGAGAUUGUCGCAACAACCGACUUCAAAGAAAAGCUGGCCGUCAGGCUUGAGUGGUUCAACGUCGAUCCAGAAACAGGCGAGCUCGAUGAUGGAUUUGCAUCUGCGGAGAUCGAGUACGGCGACAACGAAGUGUGGCUCGAAGAUUGGUCCAAACACACACACUUGGUGACCUCUCGGAUCGAGGUUCUCGAUAAACUUGCUGGUGAGGGCGUGGCUAACCGCCUAUCACGCGAUCUAGCAUACACACUAUUUGCCAAUCUGGUCAAUUACGCAGAACGCUACCGCGGAAUGCGACAGGUUGUCUUGAACGGACUCGAGGCGUCGGCGAAUGUUACUCUGACAACAGAGGCAGGGGGCUCCUGGACCGUGGCUCCACACCAUAUCGACAGCGUGGCCCAUAUUGCUGGGUUCAUCCUGAAUGGAGGCAACGGAGCUGAUCCUCGAAACAAUUUCUUCGUCACCCCGGGCUGGAAAUCGAUGAGGUUUGCCCGGCCCCUUGUAGGUGGUGAGAGCUACCAGUCGUACGUACGCAUGGUACCUCAAUCCGAGCCAGGUUUCUAUGCCGGUGACGUGUACAUUCUUCAAAAUGGAGAGAUUAUUGGUUUGGUUGAAGGAAUCCAGUUCCGAACCUUCCCUCGGUUGCUGCUAGGAAAGCUGUUCAAUCCUACAGAUUUAAACAAACCGAUCAACACACAGAAGGCCGCCUCUGCAGUAACCCACCGACCUAAGAAAGAAAAGACUUUGGCUGUUGCUUCUACCCCUACUGCUACGGCCUCGCCUCCGAAAGAGAUUACGCAGCCGGUUGUUGCAGAGGCUUCUGCUUCCUCACCAGCGACUACGCAAGAACAUCCCAAGGAGGAACCACCCAAGACUGCCCAAUCAAACGCUGCAGCAAGCGCAGAAGAUGACGGUGUAUUAGCUUUGAUUUCUGCUGAAACAUCCAUGGACAUCUCCGAGCUAAACGACGAGACUGAGUUCGCAUCUAUUGGAGUAGAUUCGCUAUUGUCACUUGUCCUAGCAGAGAAAUUCCGCGACCAGCUAGGAUUCGACAUAAAGAGUUCGCUGUUCAUUGAAUGCGCUAAUAUUGGUGCUUUAAAGGCCUGGUUGGCUGACUAUUGCUAG